AUGGCCUCAGUGCUUCUACCUCCAUUUGCGCCUUUUCCUUCAGCUGCAUGGAAGGACUUGCUAUCCAUUGACGAGUGGAAUACCAGUCUGGCAGCAUGGAUUUCUCUAGCCGAGACUCACAUCCACCUGGCCGACCCCGACUUCUCGAAGCAGACCCUGCAUGACGAGUCCGUACAGGCUUUCCUCGACUCCUUCAUGAGAGAAGUCGCAGCUCAUGGCCCAGCUCUCGUUGGCACCUCGAUCUGGAGCAAAUUGCUCUUGAAGAACUGCUUUCUCUUGAGCUCCAGGUUAUUGGCUUUUCCUUCAUCACUGCUGCUGAAAUGGGAGUUCCUAUCCGAUUUCAGUCAUGUUUAUGGCAAGAAGAGAGUUGGACAUGUGUUGUCUCAACUACCCGAGCCGUGCCAGGCCACGGUGGAGGUUUCUCUGACCGCAGUCAAGAAAUUUCUCAUCAAGAACCUAGAUGAGGGUAUCAAGGGCGAUCUGAAGUCAGUUGAGGAGCGUCUUGAGCGGCUGAACCACCUAAUACACGCAUCCCCUUCCGCUGCGUCCUUCUUGCUAGCUGGAAGCGAAUUUCUUGACGGCCUCAUCAGUUGCUACAAGAUCAUGAACCCACCCUUGAGGAAGGUUCUCGUCACCACCACUUACCUCAGCCUCAUGGGCUUGAUGGAGAGUGAUCCACCCAAGCUGUCCAUGCUCACUGAUCAGAUGUACUCACUGAAAACAGCCGCCGAGGCUCACAAGGCCGGGCCGACCAGCGCAAAUGACUCGCUCGUCCCCGAGCUGGUGAGCACAACCCCGCUGCUGCUGCAGAUCGAGCACAAGCUGGAGGCAUCCGGUACCGAGAAUGCACGGGCAAGGAAUGUUCUGAGAGACCUGUCUGCUUGGAAGAAGCCAGGGCCGGGAAUGAAGCCCAAGAGGCUGGUCAGGCGCCGGGUCGACAAGGGUAAAGGGGCUGCGCUGCAUGACCAUGAAGCCAUGGCUGGCGAGGUGCACGUCCACCGCAUGAGCCAGAUCACGCAGAUACAAGAUCUGUUUCCUGAGCUUGGGUCAGGCUUCGUGUCCAAGUUGUUGGAUGAGUAUGGUGACGAUUCGGAGCAAGUCAUCGCCCACCUCCUGGAGGAUUCGCUGCCGUCACAUCUCAAGGAAGCAAAUCGCAGCGAGCAGUUGUACGUAGAUCCUGGCUACUUGCCCUGCGUGGAAUCCAGCCUGAUGCCUCGCUCAACACCUCCCCAGCUUCCCCAGAGACACAACGCCUAUGAUGAUGACGAACUGGUUGGCCUAACGAUUGGUACCUCGAAUCUGCACAUCGGCAAGCGGGAUGCCGAGAAAACUGCAGACGACGUCCUCGCAGACCGAGCAGCAGCACCCAAUAAAGCAGCCAUCCUCUCCGCCCUGGCUACCUUUGAUCUGGAUGAUGAUGAGCGCGAUGACACGUACGACGCAGCCGACGUAGGUGGCACGGUCGACAACGCAGAGCCGGAAGCCGCCACAGACGACAAUGAGGAGGUUUUGUGGAAGGCCUACCAGGCUGAUCCGAGAACAUUCAACAGAGACCAGGCGACUCGAGGAAGCGCACCAAGAAGCAAGCUGAAGGCUGGAACGGGAAUGACUGAUGAGGCUAUCGAGGGCUGGGCCAUCAUUCUCUCACGCAAUGCGAACAAUAAACGCCGCCUCGAGAUGAAGUACAGUGCUGUCAACGCGUUCACGGGACAGCAGAACGAUCUGGCCUCGACAGCUUGGCGGGCGAGUCCUGCGGGGUCCGGCACAGAGAUGUCAGAUACGGAUGGGCCAGGCGGUAGAGGUGGACGAGGCGGCGCGAGAGGACGUGGCAGGGGCCGAGGAAGGGGAGGCGGCACCGGUCGCGGCGGGGGCAAUGUUGCUGGCCCGAGCGGGGAGCACGAGACGGAGCAGGCCAGACGAAGGAAAGAGGCUCAUAAGGGCCAACGAGCGAAUCACAGCCGCCGUGACCAGCGGGCGAGAAAGAUGGCUAGGGGUGGAUUUCCCAGCGCAGGAUAA